AUGCCGCUCUCAUUUCUGCUCCCACUCCUCUUCUCGCUGCUAUUCGACGGCGGCGGCGCCUCCGGUUCCUCCACCGGCGCCUCGCUAUCCGACUGGAGCGCCGCUCGGGCGACGUACUACCUCGCAUCCGACCCGCGGGACAACGUCGGCGGGGCCUGCGGCUACGGCGACCUGGUCCGGGGCGGAUACGGGAUGGCCACCGUCGGGCUCAGCGAGUCGCUGUUCGAGCACGGCCAGAUCUGCGGCGCAUGCUUCGAGCUUCGUUGCGUCGACGACCUCCGCUGGUGCAUACAGGGGACUUCGAUUAUCCUCGCGGUGACGAAUUUCUGCCCUCCCAAUUACGGGUUUCCUUCCGACGGCGGGGGACACUGUAACCCUCCCAACAAGCACUUCGUUCUCCCCAUCGAAGCUUUCGACUUUCGAGAAGAUCGCCAUCUGGAAGGUCGGCAACAUGCCUGUUCAGUACCGGAGGCAACAUGCGGCAGAUAUGUUGGAUGUGAAGAGGGCAAUUUUGGUUUAAUAAAAAAGAAUGAGGAUAGAAGUGUCAUUUGGCCUCUUGGUUUUUCAGCCCAUCACCAAUUCCCUAAUAAUCAUGUGGGAUUUGUAAAGCUGUGGGCCCCACGGAUUUGGAGUGAAAAAAAAUCUAAAUCUGUGGGGCCCACGGAUUUGUUUCAACAUUUUUGGACCAAGCAAACAAAGGAUUGUACUUAA